CGGUCUCCCAGCCCUCUGUGGCAGAGCGCAGUCACGUGAGCCCGGCUGCGGCUCCCUGCUCCGGGCUGUGAUGGUGGCCCCGAUGGACCGCUCCCCUGGAGGCCGCCUGGCCGGAGCUCUGAAGCGGACCCUGGCGCUGACCCUGGUGCUGGCUCCGCUGGCCGGGCUGUUCCUGAGCGGCCGGACCAGCGCAAUCCAGACCCCGGGGAGCCGCUGGGGGUCCGAAGGGCCGGUCUCACCCGCCUCCCGCAGCCGCUCGGUGCUCCUGGACCCCCAGACGGGCCAGCUGCGUCUGGUGGAUGGCCGCCAUCCUGACGCUGUGGCUUGGGCCAAUCUCACCAACGCCAUUCACGAGACCGGGUGGGCCUUUCUGGAGCUGCACACCAAUGGCCACUACAGCGACAGCCUGCAGGCCUACGCUGCAGGCGUGGUGGAGGCUGCCGUGUCUGAGGAGCUCAUCUAUAUGCACUGGAUGAACACGGUGGUGAAUUACUGCGGCCCCUUCGAGUACGAAGUCGGUUACUGCGAGAAGCUCAAGAGCUUCCUGGAGGCCAACCUGGAGUGGAUGCAGGAGGAGAUGGAGUUGAACAAGGACUCUGCUUACUGGCACCAGGUGCGGCUGACCCUCCUGCAGCUGAAAGGCCUAGAGGACAGCUAUGAAGGCAGUGUGACCUUUCCAACUGGGAAGUUCACCAUCAAACCCUUGGGGUUCCUCCUGUUGCAGAUCUCUGGGGACCUGGAAGACCUGGAGCUGGCCCUGAACAAGACCAAGACCAGGCAUACCCUGGGUGCUGGCUCCUGCUCCGCCCUCAUCAAGCUGCUGCCCGGCCACGGUGACCUCCUGGUCGCCCACAACACCUGGAACUCCUACCAGAACAUGCUGCGUGUCAUCAAGAAGUACUCAUUCCAGUUCCGGCAAGGCCCCCAAGAGGACUCUCCCCUGGCUCCUGGCAACAAGUUGGUCUUCUCGUCCUAUCCCGGCACCAUCUUCUCCUGUGACGACUUCUACGUCCUGGGCACUGGGCUGGUGACACUGGAGACCACCAUAGGCAACAGGAACCGGGACCUGUGGAAGUACGUGAAGCCCGAGGGCUGUGUGAUGGAGUGGCUGCGCAACACCCUGGCCAACCGCCUGGCCGUGGACGGGGCCACCUGGGCGGAUGUCUUCAAGACGUUCAACAGUGGCACGUAUAACAACCAGUGGAUGAUUGUGGACUACAAGGCGUUCGUCCCCGGUGGGCCCAGCCCUGGGAGCGGGGUGCUCACCAUCCUGGAGCAGAUCCCGGGCAUGGUGGUGGUGGCCGACAAGACUUCAGAGCUCUACCAGAAGACCUACUGGGCCAGCUACAACAUACCGUCCUUUGAGAGUGUGUUCAAUGCCAGUGGGAUGCAGGACCUGGUGGCCCAGUAUGGGGACUGGUUCUCCUACGACGGGAGCCCCCGGGCCCAGAUCUUCCAGCGGAACCAGUCGCUGGUGCGGGACGUGGGCUCCAUGAUGCAGCUCAUGAGGUACAAUGACUUCCUGCACGACCCGCUGUCACUGUGCAAAAGCUGCAGCCCGCAGCCCAACGGGGAGAACGCCAUCUCGGCCCGCUCCGACCUCAACCCAGCCAACGGCUCCUACCCCUUCCAGGCCCUGAGCCAGCGUUCCCAUGGGGGCAUCGAUGUGAAGGUGACUAGCGCGGCGCUGGCCAAGGCCUUGCGCUUUCUGGCAGCCAGUGGCCCCACGUGGGACCAGCUGCCGCCUUUCCAGUGGAGCACCUCGCCCUUCAGCGGCCUGCUGCACAUGGGCCAGCCCGACCUCUGGAAGUUCUCGCCCAUCGAGGUCUGGUGGGACUGAGGCACCGUCUCUGCCCUGCUGCCUUCUGCGCCUGCUGACACAGCAGGGCCACCCUGCCGGCUGCCGCAGUGACCUCCUGCCCACUCCCUCCGUGGCCUUUGCCCCUGCUGUGCCGAAAGCCAGGACCUGGGUCUGCCAGGUUCACGCUCGUCUUGGUGUCUCCUCCUGGGUGGGGCAGGGGACCUGAUGGGGCCCAGAACUGACCCUCUCCCCCGAAGUGGGUGAGUGCCCCCUCUGCGACUGUCAUCUCUUGUCCGUGUUUCUCUCCCCGUUCUCCCUGCUGCUCUCUCUCCCACCCUGGGCCCCGUCCCGAGGGAUCAGGUUCCAGAGCCCGCAGUGGGGCAGGAGGGGCCUGUCUGGUUCCUCCCUCCUGGCAUCAUUCCUGCCAGUGGCUCUGGAGCUUGUGGAGUUUCAGCCCCCCGAGAUCUGGGCGUUACCUGCUGUUGGAGUCGUUCCUCCCAGACACCAGCCCCAGCCCCUCUGCUGCCUUGGGGAGCAGCUCCCCAUUUCCCGUUCUGGGCAGCUUCCUCAAGGACAGAAACUCAAACAAAAACCAAAGUUUCUGAUGACUUGUGGCUGGAGGGGCCUGCGUGUCCUCCCUCCAGGGGCACGCAGGAAGGGGUGGCAGCCCACAUGCUCCAGCCUCGCUCCCACCACGGAACCUGGCCUCGCCCCGGGCCUCGGGGCAGCGCCCACAGCUUCCCCGCCACAGGAGCCAGAUUGCAGGCUGUGUCGCCAUUAAAUGAGAGAGGCUGUGGCCCCUGUGCUGUGCUUUCUGGGGCCGUGGGUGAGGCCGGGACCACGCCUUUUCUCCUCUCAAGUUUCAGGCCUGCACCCGCCUCCCAUGCAUCUUCCUGUCCAUCCUUCUGUCUGUCCAUCCAUUUAUUUGCCAACCUACCCACCCAUCAUCCGUCUGUACAUGCAUCCAUCCAUCUGAUCCUGCCCAUACAUUUACCCAUUUGAACAUCCAUGUUUUCCAAUCAUCCAACCAUCCAUCCACCCAUCUAUCGACCCAUUCAUCCAUUCAUCUGUCCAUCUUUUUAUGUGUUCAUCAUCCAUCCAUCUAUCCAUCCAUCCGUCUGUCCAUAUGUUUAUUGAGCACCUACUUUGUUCUGGGUCCUAUUUCAGGACCCUGUUAACCACCAAGACCUUGCCAAGUCCUACUGCGGGGUACAGAUAAACACAAAACAGAGCGCCUCCCCAUCUGUUUAUUCUCAGAAACCUACAUUGGAGACAGGACUCGCCCAGUGCUACGUGCCUGGGGAGAGGAAAGCACAUCCUUGGAUUCGGAGACCUGGGUUCGAAUCCUGUCUCCACCUCUUACUAGCUAUGGGACUUAUCCUCUCUGGGUCUCGGGUACCUCAUCUCUAAAACGAGGAGAUGUGGUCAGCACUUACCUGGGGCAGGAUUCGCUGCAGUGGUGGCUGCGACGCAGCUCACACGGGGCCUCACACACUCAACAUUCAUUAACAAGUAUUACUGAAUAUGUAGUACAUGCCAGGCACUGUUCUAAAGUCCCGUGGAUACCUUGUAACGAAAGAUACCAAAAAAUCUGCUCUUGUAAAGUUUACAUUGGGGAGAUAGUCAACAAAAUAAAUAAAAUAGGUGCGUAAGCUGUU